AUGUCAAGCACAACAAAUGAGGGCAUCAAUGUGUCAUACAUACCUCAUCUUGCUGAAGAAGUAGCUGAUUUCAUAAUUGAAUACAAUACAAAAAGAAAAAAGAAGUUGGAGGAAAUCCAAAUAGUAAUAUCUGAUUACAGAGUCAACACAAUAGAGCAAGGAAAAAUUUACAAGGACAAGAACCCAAUCAAAUCAGCUCUUAGCUACUAUGCCAUGCUGCAUAACUUCCAAUUCAAAACAAAAAAAUCAGAACCGAGAGAGUAUCUGGUUACCUGCGUAGAUGACACAUGUAGCUGGUUUGUGAGAGCAUCUAAGUACAAAGAUCAAGAUAUAUUCAAGGUACGAAAAUGCAUUCCAAAUCACACUUUCUCUGUUAAAAUUGUUAUGGAGGACCAUAGGCAAGCAAAAAGCAUCGUAAUUGGCGAAUUAAUAAAGAAUAAGUACAAGUCAAUCAAAAGAAAUUACACUCCAAAUGACAUCAUGAAAGACAUGAAUGAUGACUAUGGAGUAACCAUGGGAUACACAAAAGCAUGGAGAUCAAGAGAGAAAGCUUUGCGUCUAGUAAGAGGGAGCCUCGAUGAUUCAUAUCAAAAGUUGCAAAUGUAUCUUUACAUGUUGAAGCAAGCAAAUCCAGGAACAAUAACACACCUACUCACAGACAAGGAAGAUAGAUUCAAAUACCUAUACAUAGCUUUCUCUAACUCAAUCAAGGCAAACUCUGAAAAUGAUAACUCAUGGCUUUGGUUCUUCUCCAAAUUGAGAGACACCUAUGGAGAACUCGAAGAAUCACUCAAUGUUGCACUAAAAGCUGCAAGAAAUCUCCCCAUUGAUAUCUUGGUUGAAUCCCUUAGAAGUUUGGUUCAAAAGUGGGUUUGGAACAACUCAAAUAAUGCAAACGGAACAUUCACAAAAGUCUCUACAACAAUAGAAAAUGAGUUGAGACAUGACAUUGUUUAA